AAGAGAAAACAAUACUUCAAAAUGGCGGCGCCGAGUUGUGAGAAUGUGCCCACGGUCUUCAUUGAGGUUCGUCAACAAAUUCGUGCAGUGCAGGUUGUUUUACAGAUACAGACCUCGUGUGAUGAAGACAAACCCUGCCAGGAUAAGUGUCAGAUCACACCAAGUACUUUCCAAGUUGAAGUUCUUCCUCACUCCCUGAACAUAAAUUUAUGGUCUGAUAAAUCGUGUGAUGUCUUCCAGCUGAAUGGAAUUAAACUUCUUCCUAAAACCUGCAACGGACUUCACUGGGUACCUGAGGAGGGUCUCCAUAUGAGGUUGCAGGUGGCGGAGGGUCACUCUAAAGACACCAGGGAGGUUUCUGAAGCCAGAGAGAAAGAAGAAUGUGGAUUCUUGAGCCAGGCUUCCUGUAUCCUCACAUGUGGGAUGUGCAGAGCCAAGAUUGCAUUGAAUCAAUGCACGUUUGACAGAGUUCUCCCACUUCCCUCUGAGAACUGGAGAGAGCUGUCUGAGAAUUGGUGUUGCCAUGGUAACAAAGAGACGGGGCGGUUUGCAAACCAGUCGCUAUUGCCGUCGGACUCGGACUGCCUGGUGGGUGCUCUAUACAUUCUUUUGCAUCCCAGCAUGCUAUGCAAGGAGGCUUUUAUACUAAGGCGGCUGAAGACUGCAGAUGCUCCUGUCACACGAAAGGAGUCGUCGUUGUCUCUUCUAUGCAGGCGAUGCCGCUCUUCACUAGGAGAAGGUUUAACAAAAGGUGCUGAUAGUAUACAACGGGGUCAAGAGUGGCAGGCAAUCCACAGCGUCAAGUUAUUCAAACAUAGUCUUCAUAUACGAUCAUGUGAUGAACAACUCAACCUCAGGAAUUCCUUUAGUUGCUAUAACACCGAAACCUACCUCGCCCAGCACUUAGCCUCUUUGAGUCAGAUGCAUGCCACAUUCAAAUUCAUCAUUGAGAAGGAGGCUAGCCAGCAGCAGUGUCUACUGGUAUGGUUACUGAGUGCAGACACCUUGCUACUCACCAGUGAUGCCCUCCCACUUGGCCAGCUCGGCAACCAUUUCCAUGGCAAUCAAUCUCUACCAUCAUGUUGCAGCUCAUCAUCAUUUAAAGCAGCAGGCCGGGAUAAAUGUUGCUGCACCCCUCGGCAAAGAGUCAAGACGCACGACAUGAACGCUCAUAAGAUUGUCAAGGUACUCUACCAGACUCAGUGGGACCAAGAGUGGAAAAGUGUGUAUCAACAGUGGAGUAAAGAUCUAUCUAUACAAGCGGUACCAUUGCCCAAGACUACCUGCUUGGAGUUAAUGAUGUUAUUAGCAGAUAGCAACCAGCACACACCCGCCUCUCUUAGGCAAAUGAAUGGCUUUAAGGUUGGAUACUUGCGCCUUUGACCGAGAUUAUCCCGGUUUAGCACUCGAGUUCAUCCGAUGGUAUGUUUUUGCCCCGGCAGUUUACUCCGUCACCUGGUCAAUUUAACUAUUUUUCUUUCUUCUCAUUUUCGAAGGGAAAUGUCAUAGAUGCUUAUAGGUUGAAAACCUUCACUGUAUAGGCUAGUGUAGUUACUGUAGCCGUCAUAUUUCUCUAUUAGAAUCAGUUCCACUGUAAUCAGGCUAGCACGAGACUUCACACCGGGACGAAGAUGGGCGAGAUUUGAAGAACUCUCUCCGCGGUGGUGAAGUUGAUAGCGAGAAGUCCCCUCGAUCCACUAAAACAAAAUAAGUAGUCCCGGCCGAUGUCCUAUGCGUUCCGCCCAGUAUAGAAUAAAAAUCAUGAUAAUCCGCCCAGUAUAGAAUAAAAAGUAUGGCCAAGCUAUCAAAGAACAUAGUCUACUCAGCAAAGUAGAACCGAACCGAAU